UUCUUGACACGAUGGCCAAGGGCGCGGAAGAACUCAAGCCGUCGGACGUGCUCGUCGAGCACCUCAUGGCUGCGGGUGCCCAAGGUGACGGCGAAGACGAUGGCCUUGGCGCGCUGCUCCUCGAGGUCGUCAAGUCGGGCGACCUGGACCAGCUGCGCACGGCGUUGUCGCCCGCGUCGCCGGCCGAGAGCUUGGUUGCCCUCAUGAACUGGUUGCACAAGUGGCAGCAAGAGUAUCAAUGCGUCAUGGAGUCGCUCACAACGUACCUCGAGUCGGCCGAAGACAACGAAGACCUCGAGGACCACGCGGCCGAAAUGAAGGAGAUGGACGUCGAGGCGCAAGAGAUCCUCGCCGGCUUCGAGAAACUCGCACUCGCCCUUGUCGCGCAGUGCCCGGACCAGGUGGACGCGAUGGACGACCUUGGAUGGACGCUACUCAUGCAAGCUGCCAACUGCGGGUCGCUGAGCUUGGUGAGCGCGCUCCUGGCCGCCGGCGCAGAUCGUAACGUGCGCCAGCACCACCAGACCGAUGGCAUGCACGCCCUCGCCCGCGCGAUCGACGCCUGCCACGUCGACGUCGUCCAAGUGCUCGUGACGCCUGAAACGAUCAACGCGACCUUUGCGUACAAGAACGUGGAUGACGAAGACGCCGACGUCGAACAGCACACGCCGCUAACGUUCGCGUGCCACGGCAAGGACGACAUUGCGGCCUUCCUGCUCACGCACGAAGCCCUCGACAUCAACGCGCACGUGCCCGAGACUGGCGACACGGCGCUCCACAUCGCCGUCUGCUACGACAACGUCGAACUGGUCUCGAAGCUCCUAGCCAAGGACGGCCUCGACAUCAACGCGGUCAACGAGCAAGGCUACACGGCCGCGUUUGGGUGCUCGAACCCAGACCUCGUCGCCCUUCUCUUGGCCAACGGUCUCGACGCUGGCAUUCUCGGCAACGAAGGCGAGACCGCACUGGACCUCGCGCUGGCGCUUCAGGACGAAGAUGUCGCCGCCGUGCUCGCCGAGCACACCGAGUCGUCGUCGAAUCAGUCCAGUUGAUUAUCUUAGAAAUGUUGCUUGAUUG